AUGUCCUCGUCAACAGAACAACAAUCAACAUCUGCUACAAAGACAACACCCACAGCAACAACUAAAUCUCUGACAUCAGCGAAAAUCACCAGCACAACCAAAUCAACAACAGUCAGUCGAUCAACAUCUACCAUUAUUACCUCUUCAAGUACUACUGUCACUGUGCCAUCAUCUACAACUCCUCAGUGUGAGGACUGUAAAACUAACUGUACUCGGGGUACUUGCAUAUUCAACUCAACACUUGGAAAAUGUCAGUGCAACUGUUUUGAUUUUCUCCUUGGAGACAAGUGCUCUUUUGGAAAGAAUGACACCCCUGCUCAUGUUGAUUCGGGAGCAAUACCAACUCACAAAGCAAACAUUACCAUGAAAAUCAGCGUCACUUUUCAGGUGGCCUUUAACAAUCUAAACUCACCUCAGUCAUUAGCCUUCAUCAACACAUUAGAAAAGGAGCUUGAAGCCCUGUGCAGAGAAGCAGAUCCACAAACCUUUGAAAAAGUUAAAGUCAUCAAGUUGUCACCAGGAAGUGUUGUUGCAGAGAGCCAGGCAGAGUACAUUUAUCCAAACAAUGAAACACAAAUCCAGUUUGUGAACAAUAAGCUUGAUGGGGUGUUGACUGAUAUCUUGAAUAAUACAAGUAACCUCAAGAAGAUUUCUCAGGCCUUUAAUAAUUCAAAGGUGCUGUUAAAUGGACUCACUUUCCAGAAACCUGAGAUUAAAAAUAUCACAGAUCUGAAGCCUUUUAUAAACUGCUCGGAGUUUGCUAAUUACACUGCUGAAAUUGUUAAUGGACAGUGGCAGUGUGCUGGACCCUGCAAAACAAGCCCCGAUUACUGUCAUCAACACGGAGAAUGUCACAAUGACAUCAAGAAAGGGCCAGUCUGUCAGUGCUUCAGCUCUAGCCUUGAGCAGUUUCAUGGCCCACAGUGUGAACUCUUCCGUCGAGGUCCAGGUUUUUGGGGUGCACUGUUUGGAUCAUUGGCAGGAGCCCUACUGCUCUUCAUUAUCAUCGUCAUUGCCGUCAUUGUUAAAAAGAGAUAUACUGGCUCUUGGAAAAGAAGUAACCCCUAUGACAGAAGACUGUCUGCUUUUGAGGAAGAUUUCUUUGACUUCUCUGAUACAGGAGAUCACAACUUGGGGUUUGCAGGCACUUACACAUCUGAAGGUUUCAGGCCACAUCUAAAAAAUGUUGACACCCGAAUGCAGGCCACAACAAAACGUCCAGAGGUUGGGAACAUCGACCCAAGAUGA